UUCAUCAUCACCGCUGUCUACUCGGUGGUUUUUGUAGUGGGUUUAGUGGGCAACUGUCUGGUUAUGUACAUGAUCAUCAGACACACCAAGAUGAAGACUGCUACCAAUAUCUACAUUUUCAAUCUUGCUGCAGCAGAUGCUCUAACAACAAGCACAAUGCCAUUCCAGAGCGCUUACUAUUUAAUGGGGUCAUGGCCAUUUGGAGAUGUGUUGUGUAAAAUAGUAGCCUCCAUUGAUUAUUACAACAUGUUCACAAGCAUCUUUACAUUGACAAUGAUGAGUAUUGAUCGAUAUAUAGCUGUAUGUCAUCCAGUGAAGGCAUUAGAUUUCCGCACUCCUUUAAAUGCCAAAGUAGUAAAUGUUUGCAUCUGGCUCCUUGCCUCCAUUAUUGGUAUACCCGCUAUAAUGCUGGGGGCCACAAAAAUAGGAAAUGAGGUCGAUACCAUUGAAUGUGCAUUGCAGUUCCCACAUCCUUACAAUUACUGGGACACAGUACUGAAAAUCUGUGUGUUCAUCUUUGCCUUUGUCAUACCAAUUCUCAUCAUCUCUGUAUGCUACAGUUUGAUGAUUUUGCGUCUGAAGAGUGUGAGACUGCUGUCUGGUUCCAGAGACAAAGAUAGAAACUUACGACGAAUCACACGGAUGGUCCUCGUUGUUGUUGCGGUUUUUAUCAUCUGUUGGACUCCUAUUCACAUUUUUGUGUUAGUUGAAGUUGUGGUAAAGGUGCCAAAUACCUCAGCAGUAUCUGCCGGCUAUUAUUUCUCAGUUGCUCUUGGAUACACCAACAGCAGCCUUAACCCCAUUCUCUAUGCUUUUCUGGAUGAAAAUUUUAAAAGAUGCUUCAGAGAUUUUUGUUGUUCGUCAGGGAUGAAGCUGGAGUUGCAGACGAGCAGCAGAGUCAGGACUGCUGCACCGAAUGCCGCAGUAUUUCAUGAUAACAUAAGGAACUCCAACCAGGAGGUAUGACUAGGAGUGGAAAUGUCAUCUUUCUCGCAAGAAGUGAGAGAUGACUUCCAAAGUGUAGCACUGACUCAAGUUACUUCUGCAGUUUAG